GCUUGGUCGUGUUUUUAGAGCUCGCGGCCGCGCAGUGUCAGUCGGAGACGCGCUACAUUCCACGCGCUGCGAGCGGGAUCAACGCUUAGUGGAGAAAACACAGGAGAGAGAGACGCACGCACACAACAACCGCUCGAGGAUCGUUUACCGAGCUGCUUUCUGUUUAAUAACCUCUUGUAAGACUCCACAGCGGGAUAAUUUCAGCACAGAUCCCAGCAGAGAGUAACCGUGGAAGAUGGGUUUAGUCCCGGCUGUAUCUGUGCUCAUUCUGGCCAUCGCUGUUCCGAGUCUGGCCGGAUACAUUGAGGCGCUGGCAGCUAAUGCAGGUACCGGAUUUGCCGUUGCAGAGCCACAGGUUGCCAUGUUUUGCGGCAAACUCAACAUGCACAUUAAUAUCCAGACUGGCCGCUGGGAGCCGGACCCUUCCGGAUCCAAAUCCUGCGUUGGAACCAAAGAAGGAGUGCUGCAAUACUGUCAAGAGAUGUAUCCUGAACUGCAAAUCACAAAUGUGGUGGAAGCCAACCAGCCAGUCAAGAUCGAGAACUGGUGCAAGGAGGACAAGAAACAGUGUAAGGGCCACGCUCACAUCGUGGUCCCCUACAAGUGCUUGGUUGGGGAGAUUGUGAGUGACAUCCUCCAGGUGCCAGAGAAGUGUAAAUACUUGUAUAAGGAGAGCAUGGAUAUGUGUGUGAGUCAACAGCAGUGGUACGGUGUGGCCAAAGAGGCCUGCUCUAAGGGGAACAUGGUCCUGCACAGCUACAGCAUGCUGCUGCCCUGUGGCAUUGAUAAGUUCUACGGCACUGAUUACGUCUGCUGCCCGUCUACUCCUCCUGAAAAGCCCACACCUCCUGCUUCACUUUCUAACGAGCUAGAUGAUGAGGAUGAAGACGAGGACGAGGAGGUGGAGGAGCCGGUUGUUGAGGAUGAGGAUGAUGAAGCAGUAGAGGAGAGCGAUUCUGUUGCCAGUGAGCAGCCCACUCCAGAGGACACAGCUGAAGAGGAGGAGCAGGAGGAGGAAGGAGAUUUGGAGGCCUACCACUAUGUGUACGAAGAUGAAGAGGACGACCGAGACAGUGAGGAAAAGGAUGUGAAGAAAGAGAAAGCUGCCAUCCCUGAAAGCCAGGAUGGUGACAAAACUCUGCAGGAACUGGAAGCUGUGUGUUCUCUGGAGGCGGAGACCGGCCCCUGCCGUGCCUCUAUGCCUCGCUGGCACUUCGACAUUCAGCAGAGGAAGUGUGUGCACUUCAUCUACGGAGGCUGUGCCGGCAACCGCAACAAUUUCGACUCAGAGGAGUACUGCAUGGCCGUGUGUAAACGUUUGACUGUGCCGUCCACCCCUCAACCCACAGAUGACGUGGAUGUGUACUUCGAGACCCCAGCAGAUGAUAAAGAGCACAGCCGUUUCCAGAAGGCCAAGGAGCAACUUGAGAUCAGACACCGCAACCGCAUGGAAAGGGUGAGAAAGGAGUGGGAGGAGGCUGAGAGCCAGGCCAGGAACCUGCCCAAAGCUGAGAGACAAACACUGAUCCAGCACUUCCAGGAUAUGGUGGAGUCCUUGGAGGAGGAUGCAGCCAUUGAGAAACAGCAGCUGGUGGCGACUCAUCUUGCCCGGGUGGAGGGCAUGCUGAACGAUCGCCGCCGUCUUGCCCUGGAGAACUACCUUGCCACUCUGCAGGCUGAUCCACCAAGGCCCCACCGUAUCCUGCAGGCUCUGAAGAGGUAUGUGCGUGCUGAGAAUAAGGAUCGUCAGCACACCAUCCGCCACUACCAGCACGUCCUGGCCGUGGACCCUGAGAAGGCCGCCCAGAUGAAGUCCCAAGUGAUGACCCACCUGUGGGUGAUUGAGGAGAGGAUGAACCAGAGCCUGUCUCUGCUCUAUAAGGUGCCCUACGUCGCAGAGGAGAUCCAGGAUGAGAUCGACGAACUUCUGCAGGAUCAAAAGGCAGAUAUGGACCAGUUCUUGUCCUCCAUCUCUGAAUCUCAGCCUGAUGUUACUGUGUCCUCUGAGGAGAGCGUGGAGGUUCCUGCCUUUGAAGGAAAGCCUUUCCGCCCCUUCCAGGUCAACUCUCUGGGCUCCCCCGCUGAACCCGAGGGUGAUCUCUCUGAACCCCCUCGUGCCUUCAAGAAAGGCUCUGGCAUGAACAGUCUGGAUGGUCUGAUUGGAGCGGAGGAAAAAGCCAUCAACAGCAAGAACAAGAUCAGUGAAAAUGUGGUGAUUGAUGAGACUCUGGAUGUUAAAGAAGUGGUUUUGAAUGGUGUUGAUCCUCUGUUCAGCCGUGGAUCAGAACAGGAGACGUUCCGCCCCCUGGUGGAUGAUUUCAGCUUCGGAAGCAGCGCUCUGAUUGGCCUGCUGGUGAUUGCAGUGGCCAUCGCGACCGUGAUUGUGAUCAGUCUGGUGCUGCUGAGGAAGAGGCAGUACGGCACCAUCAGUCACGGCAUUGUGGAGGUGGAUCCUAUGCUGUCUCCAGAAGACCGUCACCUGAGCAAGAUGCAGAACCACGGCUAUGAAAACCCCACCUACAAAUACCUGGAGCAGAUGCAGAUUUAGCCUUCAUGCGGCGCUGUGGAGCUAGAGAGGGGUGAACAUACUACUGACCAAUUAUAAAACUGCUCUCAAAUCAUUUCAUGCAUUUGAAAUGCAUAUUCUGGUUCAUUUCAAGAAAACAAUGGUUUAUUAAUACUACUACUUCUAAUACUCCUACUGUUGUACCAUGGAGAGCAUUUUUAUGCUCUUGUAACUUUUUUUUAUUUUAUUUUAAAGUCAGUGGUUUUAAAUCAGGAGAACGUGAUUCUGCAAAUCAGCCUGGAAUUGAUUUUCCGUCAUUGAAAUCGGAACGUAUUGUAAUGUUAUUUUAAAUGUUGAUUUUAUAAAGUUGUGUUCAAAUCUAGUCUAUAGAGGUACAGCAAAGCCAAAACAAUCAAUAUGAGACAGCAGUUUAUCUACACCAUCGCUGGCCGCCGGAUAUACUUCUUUUAAAUAGAUCGCUUGUAUAUGAAGGUUAUUUGUAAUGACUUAAAUGUAUAGUGAAUCAGAAAAUAUGAAAAGAAAAUUAAUUCAUUUACUUUGUAAUUAUUAAAAACACACAAUAUAGAAAAGUAGAUGGUUGGUUUAUUCAUAGUCUUUUGUUAUAUUUUUUCCAGAGCUUAAAUCUUUGCUGGGUGACAGGUUUAAACUUUGAGAUUAAAGGACUGAUAUUCCCGUUCCAAACAUCUGAUACCAUCGCCUGUGUAAGAUACGAGGAAUGGUUCGAACUGAAUGGCGUGACGGCCUGCCAGAUAUUUUGGCUGAUUGUGAAUGUAGAGGUGCCCGAUUUCUGUACAUUUCCACGUCAUUUGUUUUUAUCUUUUGGUUAUGGUGUCAUAUACUUGGACCAAUAAACAAUGCGGCCCCUGCAGAUGGUCAGUGCGGAUUGGUUUGAAGGGCCACAAGGUUAGGGGCCUCCAGACUCCCAUAUCACAUGUCUCUUUACUCAAUGAAUGCUAUUUUUCAUGCCGUUACAUGCACACACUCCAACACUCCCUUUUUAUAGUAAAUCUGGCCUGAUAAAACGUUGCAUUCAGCUUAGGUUUAUCACAAUUGUACUGGAUUGUCAUUUCAUAGCUGCCAAAUGAGAACUGUCAUGGAGAAUUUAAUCAUGUGGCAAUACUUUCCACACGUUGCUUAAAUCAAAGAGAGCAUAAAUACGUCACUGGAGUCAUCUGUAAUUAUAACACUAUGAUAUAUUACAUAAGUCCCGCAAGGACAUACCCUUGAAAACCAUGAUUAAACGCAAAAAUGCACUAAUGUUACCAAGCUGGAGGCCAAGGCAAGUGCAAGAAAUGUUUUGCAUGUCCACUACGAUGGAAGGCAAGGAGAAAAUGUAAUCAAUUUCUCUCUCGCUCUUCCCCACUUCUUAGCGAUGUCUUUGUAUGCCUGUAUUGUUGAUGUUGCAAUCAUGGCUUUUAUCAAGGACAACCUGUGGUGUGCAUUGUUCUUAAACGAGAUGUCAUGAUAUAUAUUUUUAAAUUUGUUCUCUUUUUUUAUUUUCUAUUUUUUCCCCUCUUCCUGUGACAGUAUUUCUGUAUGUGACUUUCACUAUGCACCUAAACGGCUCCAAUCUUGGACCUUGUCAUUGCCUGCUUGAUUGUGGAAAUGGUCGAAGGGGUGAGGGGAAAAUAAUACAAAGUUCAUAUAUUAGAAGUAAAAUAUUGAUUGAAUCCAGUGGAAAUGGCUUCUUGGUUACAGGUGGGAAACGUCAAUAAAUUCACUACUUCCA